GACCGAAUCAAGCCAGAAGGAACAUGAGGCCAGAGGGUCUCCUCAGAGUUAUUAUACUUGCCUUGGUUGGCAUGUUUGUUCAAGGUAUAACACUGUCCUCGUCAGUGGAGUCUGAGAAUGGACAUGUAACAGUGUGUCCUGAUACCAACAUCACAUUCACCUGCUCAGACACUCUAGGCUUUGGUAUGAGAUGGUUUGCUCUACCUCUUCUCAACGAAGACAACUCUCCUGGUCUGGGACCAAACGCUCCUGAUAUUGGAGAUCCAACACCAGUGGAAUAUGUGGAUGAGUUCACUAUCACUUUACUCGACAGGCAACUGAUGAUGGGUGACAAUCGUGGCAACUAUACCUCCACUCUGGAUGUAGUGGUGAAUGAUAGAAUACAGAAUGGAACCAAUAUCAUGUGCUUUACACCUAAUGUUGCCUCUCUUCUCAUUCUAAAAAAAGAAAUACCUCCACCCCCUUCCAAUGUGAAACCAAUGACACAAAACUAUUCAAGGGAAGAGUUUACGAUACUUAUUACGUGGGAUGACCAGAAUGUUGACUCUUACAUGGUAUCAGUCAAUAGCACUACAAACUUUUUUCAAAAAACAACUACUUUCACCAAGAGGGGAGAAUAUAACCUUCUCUACAAAUUUACAGUGAAAGCUGUAAACUGUGCGGCCUUUUACAGUGAUGAAGUGACAGCUAACAUUGCUAUAGCUGGCUGUGGUCCUCCCAGUCCACCAGUGAAUGGCAGUGUUGGUGAGUGGACCAGUUCCAGAGUAGGAGCACAGGUCACCUACUCUUGUGACAUCCACCUGGUUCUGGUGGGAGAGACUGUGGCCACAUGCUCUCUCCCUUCUCUAACAUGGCUGCCUAGUAGCGAUGAUGUCACCUGUGUACAGCCAUCCAGUAUUGUAAUCCCAAGCAUUGUACCUAACCAUGUGCCGGUAACUCACAAUAACACAAGUAAGUCUAAAAAUGCAUUUUUCUGAGUUCCUGAUCAUGUUGGCUCCAACAGUUCAAAAUGACUGUGAAUGCAAGAAAAGUUCUCUGAGUACAGCAGAAGCAGUGGCCACAACAGGAGUAGUGUGUGGUGUGUGUUGCUUCACUGCUGGACUGCUACUUGGUGUUCUACUGACUCAAUGUCAUGGUCACUGUCAUAGGAAGGGGAAGAGAGGCCAGACUGAGAUACCUCCUGUUUAUGAGGACAUUC